ACACUGAUUUUUUUUAAGAUUGACUCGUCACAUUCAAAUGCCUAAUCAAAUUACAGACGUGUUGAGCGUCUGACUAGUGCAAUUAAUGAAUAAGUUAUCGUAAGGAAGAUGAUAAGUGAGUUAGGUUCCACGGCAACAACAACGUGUUAGGUUCAAACAAUUUUCGUAUCCUUAAACGAGUGAGUUGUUGCAAAGCAAACGAAUUGAAUAACGAUACCAAAUAUUACACAAUCGAGAUAGAACAAUAAAUAUUACAACACAAAUAUUACAACUCGUAUUGAAAAAGUUGCACAACUCUUGAAGAGGACACCAACUGCCUGAAUCAUCGUAAAAAAAAUCUUCUAUUUACCAAAAUGAAACGACCGAAGCGUGUCCUCUUUCAAUCAUAGACCAGGAAACCGGAUCGUACCGGCUGAUUCAACCGGAAAUUGGACCAAAAGCGGUACGGUGGGCUGAUUGUGCUGAUUUUACCGUGUCGGCCGGUUUUUUCGGUUUGACCGGUUGAACCGGCCGGUACGAUCCGAUUUCCUGUCUAUGAUUCAGCUUCAUUUCUCCGUAUUCUCGUCCAAUAUGUGGAAAAUAAUUAAAAAGAAUAUUAUUUUGCUAUUUUUCUAUGUUGAAAAUGGGUCACCGUGGUUGUAUAAUGCUCUAUUUGGUUCAUUUUUUGAUGGAUUAUAUUUUUUUAUACUAUCGCAUUUCAUUUCUCUAUCAAUAGUGAAAAACGAUAUUUACCGAUACAAAACGGUUGAACCACGGUCAUACCACAAAAUACCAUACCAGAAAGAAAUCCGGUAUGAUGUCCGGUACGGUUUCCUUUACCAUGCUUUCAAUACAUAUUUGAGAGGGAGAAAAUUGUUUAAUGAAGUUGGAGAUGGUACAUUGUUAACAAAAAAUGAUUAUUUGUUACAUGAUGAUAUUUGAUGGUGAAAACCUAGCACAUUGGGCUCAUUUGCUAAAAGAAAUAAAUAAUAGAGCGCUCAUUUUGUUAUAUUCAAAUAGUAUAAGGACUUAUAUAGUUAUUAACCAAGUAUCAAAUUCUGGCCCAUGGAUCCUCUUCGCUAGUGGGCUUUUUUGCCUUGGCUGGCCCUUAUUUUUGUUGGCAUAGUAAAAGGUAAAACUGUAACACACCUUCCUUCCGCGCGAGAAUCCAUUUAGAGUUAGAGCGGUCCAUUUCUGCCUCUUGUCAUCAAUUUAUUAAUCGUGUUUUGUACAUUUCCCGGCGAGAAAAAGGAGAACGACGAACUCUCUGGCACUCAGCUUCGGAGCUUCAAAAAAAUUCCCUCCAUUCAUUCUUUUGAUCGCUUCCUCCAUCGCAUUUCUCAAACAGAAGCGUUCACUCAACAAUGGCGAGUUCGCCCAACAUCGCGAUUAUGGGAGCUGGCAUCUUCGUGAAGACUCAGUACAUACCUAGAUUGGCCGAGAUCUCCAAUCUCAUCGUCCUCAAAGCAAUCUGGAGCCGUUCCGAGGAAUCGGCGAUGGCGGCCGUGGAGAUAGCGCGUCGGCAUUUCCCCGACGUGGAGUGCAAAUGGGGGGACAAAGGACUCAACGAGAUUCUCAACGACGAGUCCAUCAUCGGCGCCGCCGUGGUCCUCGCCGGACAAACUCAGGUUGAGAUGUCUCUGAAGCUAUUGAAGGCAGGGAAGCAUGUUCUUCAGGAGAAACCUGCGGCAGCUUCGGCGAGAGAGAUUGAAGCUGCACUCUCAGGCUACAAAUCCAUCUGUGCUAAAACCCCUGGGCAGCCAAUCUGGGCUGUUGCAGAGAACUAUAGGUUUGAACCUGCUUUUGAAGAGGGUAAAAGGUUGAUGGCUGAAGUGGGAGAAAUGAUCAAUGUACAAGUCAUCAUUGAAGGAUCAAUGAACAGCACAAACCCCUACUUCUCGAGUUCGUGGAGACGGAAUUUUACAGGUGGUUUCAUUCUUGAUAUGGGUGUUCACUUCAUUGCUGGAUUGAGGAUGCUGGUUGGAUGCGAGGUAGCCACGGUGUCUGCCAGAACCUCUCAUGUGGAUACCAUCUUACCGCCACCAGACAACAUAUCUGCAGUCUUCCAGUUAGAGAAUGGAUGUUCUGGAGUUUUCGCAAUGGUUGUCUCAUCACGAUCACCUAAGGUAGUCUGGCGAGUUGCUGGCUUGACAGGCACGCUUCAAAUCCAGCGUGGUAGCGAAGAUGGACGCCAUGGUUACCUGGUAUCCUUUUUCGGCGGCGAUGGACAAAGCAAAAGCAGCUUCCACGCAUUCAGCGGCGUAACAGAAGAGUUGAAAGUAUUCAUACGUGACAUAACACAAGCUUCCCUUAAGAAGGAAUGUGGGUAUGAUGCCGAGCCACGACUCACUUUCUUGGAGGGUGCUCGAGACGUGGCUCUACUAGAUGCAAUGCUUGAAUCCGGGAGGCGAAAUGGAGCCCAGGUCGAGGUCAAGCAGUUCUAGAUUCUUUAAGCAUAGAAAAUUUUCAAUUUGUCAGAGGAACGUUUUGUGUGUAGUUUUUGCUUCAGACUCUUUUUCCUGUAUUGUAUAGAUGAUGAGCAUCAAAAGCGAUCUAGUACUGCAGUGUGCUACGGUACUCCAACUGUUGUUAACUACGCUGUUCGUUUGGUUUUGGUGAUACUUAAAUCAAUGCAUUGUGAUUAAUGCGUGCAUUGUAAUAUACAUGUAAUUAAGAAAAAAAGAAAAAUGAUGUAAUGUAUUUUGCAUUGUUUGGUUUUGUUGGUAGUUCUUUUAGUAUUCUUCAACAAGUUAUAUUACUUUUUUGAAAAAGAUCACUUUUGCCCUUACUUUUAUUAGAACAUAUUUAUAUAACUAGGGGUAUAAUUGGAACAAUAAAGGAACCCAACAAUCUUCUCAAAACUAUCUCAACAAUCUCAAGUUUUAGUAGAGAUAUUUCUAUCACUCAUUUUAAGUGAUAGUUUUCAUCACAUCAAACAAACAAUGCAUGUAAUGUUUGUGCAGAAUAUUAAAAAAAAAUGCAUUUGUGGACAAUACAUGCAUUGUAACCAGAUAGUGAUCCGUCGUCAUUAAUUUAAGAGAAAUUUCGUUAUAGAGUUCGAUACUGGCAUGGCGACAAUUUAACGAUAAAUUUAACGAUAAUUCAACGAGUUUAAACCUUCGUGAAUUCUAAGACGAAUUAAAUAGGAACUUAUAUCGGAUCAACACUAAUGUAUUUCCCCUUAUAACUGACGAUUUUCACACAUUUUUACAUCUUCUUGUCGACCAAGGAAGGAAUCACUCUCUGCUCAUUCAUCAUCUCCACCUAAAAUUGGUGGAACCCCAGUGGAAGGCUUGGCAUGAGAUAAAAAUGGGGGAAUAUUGAAAGUGAAGGGAAGUUGGGGGAAAGGUCAGAUUCAUAGUGUGGCUGGCAAUUGCCAUGGCGAAUAUGGCAUCCCAUCUCGGCCAUGCUUGCUUCUGCGCCCGCCCAUUGAUGGCUAAACACUUAACAACAAGCAUGUGUGUUAUUCUGAAGUUCCAAAGCUGAAAUUAGCCAAGCCAGAUCGGAAAUACCAAUGAAGGGAGUGUACACCUAACCUAAUUAGUAUGAGGUCUCUUGUGAUUUGUGAAGGAACUCGAGAAUGAAUUUGUGUGAGCUUCGUCUAAAACAGAUAAUAUCAUUACUAAUGAGAACUAUUCGAUUUCGACAAAUGAUAUUAAAGGCUGGUUUGGAAUUCGGAUCCGGGGUGCAGGGCGUUAGUUUGGUGGACCCUCGUAUGGUGACCUCGGGAUAAUUGAGAGCUGCAUCUCAUCCUUGUGGGAAGAGCCUGUGUCAUGUCCAACAAAGGCGCAACUUGGAAGAUGCAAGCAUCUUUGUCAGUGAAACCGAAAGAGCCCUGAUCACCACCUCCUGCACAUUGCAUUUUCAUCAGCUAAACUAAAAUAAUGGCAUAUCUUUUGUAGGGAUUUUGCUGAGCCAUCUCAUCUGACGAAAGAAGUAGGUAGUGCAUAUGAUAUCGUGGCAAAACAGAGAGGAGAAGAGAACAGGGCAGGUAGUAAAGAUUAUAAGUAAAUUAUUAUAACCCCAAACGGCAAACCUAACACCCACCAAUAUGACAGAGACUCUAUGAAGCAAGUGAAGCUCCCAUCUUAAUUUACUCUCCAUUACCAUGAAUGGUGGCGGAGCCAGAAAUUUAAAUGAGGGGAGGCUAAAAAAUAUAAACUAGAGUGAUUUGAACCAUGGUCAUUGGUGAGGGGAGGCUAAUGACUUACCAACUAGCCAAUUUAUAGAAUUUAUUACACAUUUUUCAUGUAAAUUUACCUAUUUUUGAAAGUUGAGUGGGACUAUAGCCCACCCUGUGCUUAACGUGGCUCCGCCACUGUCCAUGACGACGAUGGAAGUUAUUAGUUGUUUUCAGCAAACUCUAUACACUCUCUGGUUUUUGUUUAAAAAAAAAGUCUCUGGACCCAUUCCUUCAUCCACGAUCUCUAGCUCCCCCAUCAAAAUUAAACUACAAAUCAAAUGGAGAAACAAAUGAUUCAGACUAUUCGAGAUGAUACGAUUCCGCAUUCAGUGUUAACAUUCUCCACCACUGUGUUGCGCAUUCAAAAUCAAACCCCCCAUACCUAAGAAGGGACAUAGAUACGUAUUAAUUAGUUAGACGUGAAACACAUUACAUAUAUCUUCACCGCGUACGUAUUUUUAAUAUCGAUCAAUUACGAAACUUUUGUUAGAACGAAUGAUUAUGUAAAUGAUAAAUGAAUGAUAUAACACUCAUUUAUUCAUCUUUUAUCACCUUAAUUUCCAAGACCAGACCAAAUACACUUUUUGGCACUUGCACUCAUCAAGCUAAGAAUUGAAUCUUGGCGAUGAUGCAUGGAAUAUUACAAUAUGCAUGCCCAAGUACUAGUUAAUGAUCAGCUUUUGAUUAAUUAAUUUCCAUUAUGAUGAACACAUGGUCUCCCUUACACCUUUCGAGAGAGGCUGCUGCUAACCCUACAGAUUUCAGUUCAAGUACUCCUACAGAGACAAACUAGUCAGAGAGAAGCAGAGGGCAAAAGGAAGGAAAGGCAUUUCUAAACUAAACAAACAGAGCACAACAGGAAUGCCACUUUGCCCGCCGCUUAGUACGUCGGGAUCUUCGUACAAGAGCUCCGGCAGUAUUACUAUUUUUUGUUUUGUUUUUGUUUCUGACUCUGGACGUGGCUCAACUGUGAACGAACACGUGAGGUUCUGAUCGCCGGUCGGCUUGGCCGGAGAACCUUUUUACUGUAUUUUAGAUGGCAUGGGGACCAUUCGAACGUUGGAGUCGAUCGGAAGUGCACUGAUUAUUUAUUAGCCACUGAACCAACAUGCCUGACAAACAGCCACGUGUGAUAGAGGGGAAAAAAAAACAAGGUAGGUUUAGAUUUAAACCCAAGAUUGGUAAAUUACCUUCCCUUGGUCAACUCUUUGCUUACUGUUAGGGCAGGAAAAAUAAAUUGGAUCGUUUCCUUUAAGAAUUGUAGACCACAGUCGAACCAUGCAAUUUGGUUCAAACGGUUAAAUCAUUUAAAACUGAAUUAGUUUGGUCCAUAAUAUGCAUUAUUACGAGCCAUUUUAAUUACUUAGUGAUCUGGUGUGGAUCAUGGUUUAUCGGACCAUAUCAAAGAGUUAACCCAUUUCUCAUAUGUGUAAUAGGAGAAAAUCAAAAAAUAGUAGAUUGUUAGAUUACCUUUUCUUGCUAUUUGGAGUAGCUAUCGAUGAUGAUAUUAUUCUCAAUGAAAUAAACAAUAGUAUAUAAAAAAAAAAAUGAGAGAACGAGUUAACUCAUACUGGAAUUGUUUCAUACAUUUCAUAGAAAUCUGUUUGUUAAACUUGAACAAUUUAAUCGAAACAAGAAGCAAAUUUUGCCUACAUUAAUUUAUGUUGCUUUUCUUUUCACCUUCAUUUUCUCUCCCCAUUCCCUAUUUCUCAUAUGUGUAGUUAAGUCUUGAAAGAAGCAAAAUUGUGUUAGGGAACCAAGGAGGGAAGAGAGGAGGAGGUAGUUUUGGAUUAAUGGGCCAUCGCCGAUCUCCAGGAAGAUGGAAAAUUGGGAUUAUCAUCCCCUUAACACCCUAACGAGAGACUUUGAUAUCUAAAGUAAAGACUCAUUUUACGAUCAUAUGUAAUUAGACUGCGUAAGAGUUACGUGACUAAUUUAAUGUUUGAAAAAUCUUAUUGUAUCUAUCGGCUGGUCGAAUUGGAAAUUUCGGAUAUCGAAUACAAAAUGAUAGGCAGUUUUAAUCAGGGUCGUCCCAUGAUAUUUGGAGGCCCUGUUCGAAAAUUUAAAAUGUGGCUAUAAAUUUUUUUCUCUAUAAAUUUAUUAAAAAUAAAGAUUAUUAAAUAAUUAUAAAAUAUACAUAAAUUCAGACAAUGAUUUUAAAAUUAAUAAACGAUCUCGCUUCCAGUUUGACCAAGAAAUCAAGACCAAAUUCCAACCCUAGUAGGGAGGGAGGAAAGUAAAUCUAGAGGAAAGAGAAAAUGGACAUAGCGCAAAAAUUGAAUGGAGAAAUGAAAAUUGUCUAAAUUGAUCGAGAGGUGGGUGCAGGGUUGUCUAAUGGAUCGUGGAGGGCCUGGAGGCCCUAUUUCAGAAUGGAAACGUGGUCCAAAUUGACUUUUAACUAUAAUAAAACUAAAAUGAUUUAUAAUACCAUUAUUCAAAAUGUAAUAUCUUUCUAUAUUGUUGAAAUUAAAAUUAUCUAUUAUAUCUCUGAUUUUUCGUAUUCUCCAUGAGAUCAUUUUCAAUUGUUAUUAUAGCUAAAAUUAUCUAUUAAACUCGUCAUCACACU